AUGCCGCCACCGCUGCGCUCCAAGGCGGAGUCCGUCCGGCGCGAGGAGGUGUGCCAGAUGGUGGAGCCGAAGCGGUCCAUGUCCGUUCGAGACACCCUCUACGGCCAGCUCGAGUUCCCGCCGGUGAUCCGCAUUCUGACGGACUCGCCGGUGGUGCAGCGGCUGCGCGAUCUGAAGCAGCUGGGAAACUCCUUCUACGUCUACCCAGGUGCCACGCACUCCCGUUUCGAGCACUCUCUAGGUGUCUGCUACCUUGGCAUGGAGCUGUACCGCAGCAUCGUAGAUGGCCAUCGGGAGGAGCACAGGGACUUUGGCGUCCCCGAGAUCGCGAACCUGACGCGUGCGGCGGCGCAGAAGGACAUGCACUGCAUUGGGAUUGCCGGCUUGUGCCACGACCUCGGACAUGGGCCACUGUCGCACUUGUUCGAGUCCUUUGUGCGCUCCUCUGCGCGGCCCGAGGAGGUGCAGCUGCGCAAGUGGUCGCACGAGCAGGCGAGCAUCAUGCUUCUCCGCAAGAUGUGGUUGGAGAACGAGACUGAGCUAGCCGAGCUCGGAUUUACGGAGAGUGAUCUGCGCUACGUGGAGCUCCUGAUCAACGGCCUUGCACCCGGCAAGGCGUGGCCGGACAACGUUGGACGCCCAAAGUGGGCGCGCUUCACGACGGAAAUUAUCGCGAACAAGCGCAGCGGACUGGACGUGGACAAGAUCGACUACAUCCAGCGGGACUCUGUCGCGUGCCUUGGUACGCCGACCUUCGUCUCCAUGAGCCGCCUUUUUCAAGGUGCACGGGUCGUGGUGGGUGACAAUGAUGAGACAUCCAUUGGCUACCCCGACAAGCUGGACGGCGUCAUCGAGGAGAUCUUCCUCGCCCGCUCCCAUCUCCACCGUAUCGUCUACCAGCACCGUGUAACCAAGGUGAUUGACCUCAUGACGCUGGACGCCCUGCGCGCUGCCGGGGACGUGAUCGAGGUUAGCGAUGGGAAAGACGGCGUCAUGCCGCUGCGGUCGUGCGUGCUGCACCCAGACUUUUACGUGCACGCGAGCGACUGGAUCGUGCUGGCGAUUUUGCACGGCAGCAACAGAACGAUGACGGAGGCAUUAGGCAGCGGCGCCUUGGCUGAGCAUCGCCGCGAGAAGCUCGCCGAGGCACGCCGUAUCCUGCAGCGCAUCCAAAGCCGGCACCUGUACACGACGAUCGGCUCUUACCGCCACAGCGAACAGACUUUGAUCAAUGCAGGCCGCCUAAACUCCGUGGAAGGGUCCAGUCAGGAGGUAAAACGGGAGGUCAUGAUUCACGAGUUGCUGUCCGAUAUCGAAGUGACGAGCCUGGACCUGUCGGUUAAGCUGCGUGAGUGGUCGCGGCAGCACAACGGCAUGGCGGCCAUCGAAAUUCUGCAGGCUGAGAUUACGCAAACGGCCGGGGACAUGGACAAGAAGCACAAUCCAGUGAGUGCUACCUACUUCUUCAACCCGCGCCAGUCUACGCACUGCCGCGUCGAGCCGCACUUCUCCUGCAACGUGACGACGACGUUGUUUGUGAAGAUGGGUCCGGUGUCAUCGCUGGUGGUCGUGUGCCGCAUGCCGUUGACUCCGCAGGAGAAGGAGUCACUGCGCGUCAGCUUCACCUCUGUUGCCGAUCGGCUUGGCAAGACGGACGCGAGUUCCUUUUCCUGCACCCCCAUGAGCCAACGGGGCCGCGCCGCCGAGUCAUCGCAGCAGGCAGCCUCUGUGGCGCGGGACGAGUCCGCCGCGACCCCGAAUCACACGAUGGCGGGGGCGGAGAGGCUCACGUCCUCCUCGAAUGGUGGGUAUCCGGCGGCCAAGCGGCUGAAACUGGACGUGGACACCCAACUUUCCCGGCGGAAAGACUUUGACGUUGAUCAGAGCAGCGAAGACGUUCUCCAGAACGACGCGACAGCGAGCUCCCUUGAGCUCACGACGCCAGCGGGGUAUGGGCAGGUGAAGGAGAAGAGUCAGGAUGACGACGAUGGCGAGGAGACGGACAUCCUCAGCUUUUCCUAG